AUUUGGUAAAUGGUAAAUGGACUGCAUUUAUAUAGCGCUUUUAUCCAAAGAUUUGAUAGGUCGUCUAAACAACGUCGCUAGCUACUGUAGAUAUCUGACCACCGGGGACCGUAUGAUACGACCUAGUGUUAGCUAUCUCGUUGACAUCUCACGUCUUUGAGGUCAUCCAUUAGUUCGCGUUCUAAAUAUUAAUGAAAAUAUUUUCGAUUCACAUAUCUGGGUAAAUAUCUAGGCAUACCGAAUCAAUGCAAGCGAGGCAUGCCCCAGCUGCCACAUAAAUAGCUAACGUUAAUCUAGUUGUGUCGCUCGCUAAAUUAGUAAUUUCUGUAAUCAAAUUGGUUGAAACUGUUGGGAUUACCUGCCGUUAAUUCAUUGGCAAUUGAAACUUCUCUAGUCUGAUAAUUGUCUGAUAAUUGGAUAGCUCGCUUGCUUAACCUUUGUCUUCCCGGACAAUUUAUUGAAUACUAGUAUCUACAGGAGCAUGCUGGACAGCGAUUAGCUAGUUAUGAAAAGUUUAUUAUUUGCCGACUCCACCCAUCAUGUGCAUUGUGGUCGGCCGCCCUGCCAUUGACGACAGCGGCGCAACAAUCAGAUCAAUCAGCCAUGGCUUACGCGAUGGGAGUGCGUGAAGGUUUGGGCGGCAAUGAGAGGCCCCGCUGCAGACGCUUGGCCUACUGUCACCGCGUGGUAAUGAACUCAGUGUCCCCCAGCGCCGCACAGUACCUGGGGGGCGGCAUGCAGGACGAUGGGCUGGCCCCCCGUCCCGAGCGACAGAGGACCCCUUCCUGGGAGCCCAGGGGCCACUUUGGGCACGGCGCGGGCCCGGAGGCCACCCGGGAGGCCCCGGGAGAGCCCGACGAGGUGGACCGGCUCAAAGCCAAGCUGAUGUCAGCCUGGAACAACGUCAAAUACGGCUGGUCAGUCAAAUCCAAAACCAGCUUCAACAAGACCUCCCCUCUGAUCCUGCUCGGGCACUCCUUUGUGCUCAACCAUGAAGACGAGGUGGAGCGCUUCCGGCUGGCCUUCGUGUCGCGGCUGUGGCUGACGUACCGGCGCGAGUUCCCUCAGCUGGAGGGCUCCACGCUGACCACGGACUGCGGCUGGGGCUGCAUGCUGCGCAGCGGGCAGAUGCUGCUGGCGCAGGGCCUGCUGGUGCACCUGCUGCCGCCAGGCUGGACGUGGCCGGACGCCCAGCAGCUCACCGAUGUGGACAUGGAGGUGAUGAAGCCUCGCUCCCCGUCCCGCGCCGGGGGGGUUCCCGUCCCCUCCUUCCCCGGCGCGCGCACCCCCAACUCGGCCCCGAGAGGCCGCAGCGAGGGGAAGGGGGGCGAGGUCCCGCGGCCGGACCAGAGGAGGCGUACCGAAAGCAGCCGGGACGGGCAGGCGGAGGCCACGCACCGGCGGGUGGCGUCCUGGUUCGGGGACCACCCCCAGGCUCCGUUCGGGGUGCACCAGCUGGUGGAGCUGGGGAAGAGCUCGGGGAAGAAGGCUGGGGACUGGUACGGUCCGUCCAUCGUAGCGCACAUACUCCGAAAAGCAGUGGGUAAGACUGCGGAGCUUCACAGUCUGGCUGUGUAUGUUGCUCAGGACUGUACUGUGUACAAGGAGGACGUGGUGCAGCUGUGUGACCUGUCCCUGUCCGAGGGCUCGCCCGAGUCCGGUCCCGGCUGGAAGUCCGUCAUCCUCCUGGUCCCUGUGCGGCUGGGCGGGGAGUCCCUGAACCCCGCCUACAUCGACUGCGUCAAGAACAUUCUCAGGUUAGAAUGCUGCAUUGGGAUCAUUGGUGGUAAACCCAAGCACUCGCUGUUCUUUGUUGGGUUCCAGGAUGAGCAGCUGCUGUAUUUGGAUCCACACUACUGUCAGGCUGUGGUGGAUGUCACACAAGACAACUUCCCACUGGAGUCUUUCCACUGUAGCUCCCCCAGAAAGAUGAACUUCAACCGCAUGGACCCCAGCUGCACAAUCGGCUUCUACGCUAAGAGCCAGAAGGACUUUGAGUCCCUGUGCUCUGCGGUGAAUGUGGCUCUCUCGUCGUCCAGGGAGAAGUACCCGAUUUUUACAUUUGUGGAGGGCCAAAGGCAGGACUAUGGGCUGGAGAGCCAAAGUGGGCCCUCUCCCAAUUCCCCCGCCCACAUCCUUCCCCCGGGCAGGCCGAGCCGGAGCAGUAAGAGGAGCAGCGUGGACGAGUUUGUGUUCUUGUGAGCGCCCCCUGGAGUUGUCGCGCGGAGGCCACGUUCACUUUCGCACCCGGGCCCUGCUGCCAGAAGAGAAAAACAAGAUGGCUGCCAAAGGCCUCUUCUCCAAAGCAGACUUAAACAAAGGCAUGGAUUUGUAUUUUGUCUUUCUGUGCAGCUCAAGCUACGUUUUCUUCCUCCUUCACAUGUGCAGGUGUUACUCCUCUGUUGCAUUGGUCACAAUUUGUAUAUUUGCUUGGGCUAGGCAAUUGGUAAGGGGGGUUAUUGUAAGCCAACAAUUUUGUGGUUGGUUAUGAAGAUUGAGAAGCUCAUGUAGAUCGAACAUAACACAAUACAAAUGAUUGAGUGCAAAAUGGAUGCUUGUUAGGAAUAUGUGUGUUUAAUAGUUUUAUGACCCAGAGACCUUGCUCCCUCUGUUUCAAUACAGUAAUACCCAACGUGAAGGAAUUUAAACACUGAUGCACACUUCACCGUUCCCAGAUUCGUGGUUUUUAAUAGCUUAUGAAUUCUUGUUGUUUUUAUUAAUUUAUUACAUAUUGAGCAGCUUUGCGUUUUUAACUUUCAGGAGGUCGCACGCAGCAACGGAAGCGUGUCAGGCCCAUGUCUUUAUUUCUUUAUUUCCCGUCUCAUUUCCUUGCUAGUGCAUCGUAACCGCUCGUGUGAAGUUCACGCCCUCUUCACAGCUCAGCCCAGUCACGCGAGAGUGCAGCCCUUUUGCAGUGUGCAGCAGCACCGAAGUUGUUGGCAUCGCUCCUUUCAACACUACAGUCUUUCCAGUGGAAUUAUGAACACUCCCAGAAUCCAAAUGGUGGGGUAGAUGGGAUAAUUGCCUCUUGCCCGAUUCUCAGUUUCGCUGGCUUGUUGCACAAAAUGAAUCUUCUUUCUGUGUAGACCACACUGACGUGCAAUGUCCUUGCUGAUUGGCUAGCAUAUUGUUAACUUUAUUUAUUGAUUUUAUUUUAUUUUUUAAAUUAGAUGUUGGGUGCUGUAACAAUCAAUUUAUGUAAAUGUCUGUUUUAAAUUGGGCUUCAACUGGUUCAUAUUGCUAGCUGUGCAUUUCUAACCCUGGAAUGCACUGUGAUGCUGUAGAGUGCCGAUGUCUCCAUACUAAAACUCGCACACCGCCCUUUAAAACGGUCAGAAACCCAUGUGUUGAGGUUGUGGCUCAUUGGAAAAUUUAAAAAUGAAUUUUAGUUUUAUUGAAUUUUAUUGUCCUGUUAUUUCUGGAUGUUGGUGAGCAUGUAUCCUCUGUAGGGAAUGUAGUGUCAGGUCUUCUGUGUUUAGCGCACUAUGUAAGAAUGUGAACCAAGGGAGUUAACCGUCUUUGGUUCCUGAGAGAAAAUAUCUUCAGUUUGAGUGAAGGGCAGGGGCACGAGAACAAGCACUACUGAGGCCAGGGUAACAGUCUUAUCCCAGGGCACAGGGAAUCUUUCCAGAAUGAUCUGUGGUCAUUGCAGGACUUGAAAUGUGCUGGAAAUGGAUGUUGGAAGCUAGUUACCUCAUCUUAAGAUCUCUUUAAGAUUUAAGAUUAUGACCUACAUUACUGACAUUAAAGAAAAAAAUCUCUCCUUUGUUUAAAAAAGUAUGCAUAUGACUCCAGCUUUUCAUGUCAAGCAUGGGAGUGUAUUCACCCAGAACAGCCUGAACCAUAGUAUUGGUCAUGUGAUAUAAUGGCCUUCAAGGGAAAUCCGUGUUUCUCACACCAUGUGAUGUGGACAAAGGCUGUUGGAUUCUUGAGAACUAAAAUGAUUCUUUUGUCCAAGAUGCCAUUUCUGGAGGGUCUCACACAUUAUUUUAUUUUUAUUUUAUUUUUUUCUUUUGCUCAAACUUUACUCUUGAUGAACGGUUGGCUUUUAAAAAUUUGCAUUACAUUGCAAUGAAGAAUGUGCCCCAAUUGGUCCUACUGUAAUACAGAAAUAGUGCAGUGCUUUUGGGGAAACAAAGUGAAAAAUAAAAUAUAUUUAAUUGCACCAAUUAGGCCCUGAGGAAUUGUUUGGUAAAGAAAUCAGUAUAGACUCCUUCCAUAAAUAGAGUUGAGAUCCUGGAUGUUGAUCCUUCCACUUGAAUUGGCUUUAAAUACAAUAGUUUGCUUUCAAGGAACUCCCUAAAUUGUAUUUUGGGUGACAGAAUACCAAAAGAGGCAUAUUUUCUGGAGAGAUAUCUAAUUGUAAAAUGUAUCUUUGGUCUGCAGUUGAUGCAUAUUUUACCUUGAGCAAAUGAACAUUUUUUUAAAAGUGCAGUUAAUGAAUCCUCUGUCUGCCUAUUUAUUUACAUGACAAAUUAGUGAAACUGCUGUAAAAACAAUGUAAUAAAUGAGUUUUUAAAACA